UAAAUACUUAUCCCUAACAUUUAGCCAAACACGAAGAGUUCAAACAUGGCAGAAGUCAGAUAUCCCAAUGAUUAUCACUCCGAUCAGCACGGACCAAGACGUCCACGUCAACGACAUCAUCAGCAGAAGCAGCGACAACCGCCAUGUUUACAAGUAGAAUACAAGAAGAAGGGAAAACCGACUCAGUUGGAGGAACCGCCGUCAAAACUGGGAAAGCAGGUGCCACCCAAUAUUAUUGUGGGGGGCAAGUAUCGACUGUUGAGUCCCAUUGGCUGUGGAUCCUUUGGGGAGCUGUAUCGCGCCUUGGGACUUAAAUGCGGCGAGGAGGUGGCUGUGAAGUUGGAGAACUGUCGUGUCAAGUAUCCGCAAUUGCCACGUGAGGCAAAGAUCUAUAAUAUUCUGCGUGGUGGUGUUGGUUUUCCACGCAUUCGUUACUUUGGCACUGAGGGAACCUACAAUGUGCUGGUUGUGGAUCUCUUGGGUCCGACACUGGAGGAUCUGUUGAACUUUUGUGCACGAAACUUUAGCUUGAAGACAACACUAAUGCUGGCGGACCAGAUUCUGGCACGUGUGGAGUAUUUGCAUAUGAAUUGUUUACUCCAUCGCGAUAUCAAGCCGGAGAACUUCCUUAUGGGUCUGGGCAGUCAGCGGACUCGUGUUUUCAUGAUUGACUUUGGCCUGGCCAAGCGAUACUAUCGUCCGAGCACCCGAAAACAUAUCACAUACAAUGAACGUCACGAGCUCAUCGGAACAGCUCGUUACGCUUCCGUUCAUGCCCACUAUGCGGAACAGGGACGUCGUGAUGACCUGGAGUCGGUGGGUUAUCUACUGCUAUAUUUUCUACGUGGUCGUCUUCCUUGGCAAGGUAUUAAUGCUGAGACGCGACUUCAGAAGUAUGAAAAAAUUGCAGAGAGUAAAUCCACCCUGGCUCUAAGUGUACUUUGUGCUGGAAUACCCUCGGAAUUCUACAUGUACAUGAAAUACUGUCGCAGUCUGCACUUUACCGAGCAACCGGACUACGUCUUUUUGCGGCAGCUGUUUAAGAAACUAUUCCGUAGUCACUUUCUGCUUUAUGACUAUCUGUACGACUGGGUGGACAUUAAAAUGGAGAUGGCCCACAAUAAGGGCCUGCAGGCACAGCAAUGUGAUAAAGAUCGAAGUUCGAAAAAAGAACGCAAAUCGAAGACACGUCAACAUCACAUAGAGCGCCUUAAAGAGAAGGAUAAGGAGACGCAAGGAGUUGCCUCUUUUAAUUAACUGCAAACUUAACUAUGUUUGGCAUGCUUUUAUCCACUAUCCAUUAUCCGUUUAACGUGCGUGUGUGUUGGUGUGAGUGAUUGUAUCCUUUGUUUAUCAAGUCAAAAGCUGCUCCCAUAAUUGGCAACGAUUCAAUGAACCUGCAACUUUUUGGCUCAUCAUCGGCUAACCAGACAAUGGUUAUAUAUAUAAGGUUCACUUUGGCCACAACGAACUGCCAAUAGCCUUCUCUAGAGCACUUUUUUUAUUCAUAUGAUAGUUAGAAUUUUUUUUCGUUUCACUUGUAUGGCAAUAUUAAAAGAAAAACGUAAAAACUUUGCAAAUUGUUAUUAACUUUUGCAGCUGUAAGAAUAUAAUUUUGUGUCUUAUUUGAUAAUCCUAAAAUAUAAUACUAUCAUCUCAUACG